AUGGCUGUGGUGGACAGCGAUUGCAAAUAUGUGCUUGUGGACGUCGGUGCAGAAGGCCGCCAAAGCGAUGGGGGAAUAUUCAAGGAAUCAUCCUUUGGUUGUGACCUCUCUAAAGGCCGCCUUGACAUUCCAGCAGUUGGCACCCUACCAGGCACUUCCACAUGUGUGCCUUAUGCCUUUGUGGGAGACGAGGCAUUCCAGCUUCGUAAGGACUUCAUGAGGCCUUACCCCGCAAAAUGCCUCAAUGACACUAUGAGGAUUUUCAACUACAGGCUCAGCCGAGCAAGACGCUGUGCAGAAAAUGCCUUCGGCAUCACUGCUGCCAGGUGGAGGAUACUGCUUCGCACCAUAAACCUGCAGCCCAGCCAUGUGGACUUCGUGGUGAAGGCCGCCUGUGUCCUCCACAACUUCCUUACUCUGUACAACCCACAUGCCCAUCAAUUCUUGGACAGAGAAGACAGUUUCGGAAACGUUGUUGGAGGGCGCUGGCGGCAUGGUGUGCAACAUGUGCCAGACAACAGUUUCUUUGCCAUGGCUCCAACACAGGCACGAAACUACGAUGGUGAUGCAGGUGCUGCAAGAAGGUUGUUCGCCAGCUACUUUUCUAGCACGGCUGGCCAGGUUCCUUGCCAGUGGAAUCUACCAGGACUGACAAAGAAGCAGCCCUCCUAGACACUUGUUCUUCACUGCCAGUUCGGGCAAGGACGCACAGCUGCGUCAUCACUCUCCUUUCUAGCAUGGCACUGCUUGCCCAUUCUUCAGUGUGACAGCUGCUCUUAAGGGGGUAUGGUAGG